AUGCAGAACAUGGCCACAGCGCACGCUUCGGUCCAUCACGUGCCACCGCCCCAUUAUGCCAAUCAUCCCUCGGCGCUGUACGGUACUCUGCCUUCCAUCCGCGACCUCGACCUCGGGAUUCAAUCUCAGCCCCAGCCCCAGCAGCAACCGCCUCCUCGCGAACAACAGCAUCAGAGCCCGCCUGUCUAUCCGCAGCGUCCGCAAUAUGUGCAGCAGUCUGCUUCUGCCCCGGUCAUCAGGCAGGACCAAUGGACUCGUACUCCGACGAACGCGAUUCCGCAACAGACUCCUACUCUCUCUCAGCUGCCGCCACACCAUGGCGCGCCGCAGUAUAACGCGCACAUACCGCUCACUCCCGAGAGCGCGCCACCUCCACGGAACACGUACGAGCGAAGUGCGUAUCCUGAACAACCACCGCUGAAGAGAGCGCGUCCGAGCUCGCGGUCAAGCCAUACCGCUUAUCCGCAGCAGCAACAGAUGCACGCACAGCCGUCGCAGGUGUUUCAGUAUCCUCAGGCGCUUCAGCCGCCUCAGCCGCAGGUGCAAGCCCAGCAACAGUCUCAUGGCCAUGCCAUGCAACCCCCGCCACCUCCGGCUUCUGCCUCUUUGCCUCCUACACCUACCAAUAUCCAUGGGCACCCACAUCAUACCGCAUUUGCUACAAGCGCAUCGGUGACGGCUUACCCGACGCCUAGUCCAACUCAGCCAGCACCGCCGCAAUAUUUUCAUCGCGGUCCACCUAUGCAAGAGUAUACUCAACGUGGCGACUUUGCUAAUCCGCCGCCACCCCCUCAACAGCAACCUCAGCCCCACCCCCAUCAGGCUCCUCAGCACCAGCCGCAACCGGCGCCGCCACUACCCAUGCACCAAGCGCAGCAGCCACAACAACACUCGCGGAAUCUCUACCCUCCUCAACCGUGGCAACCUCAGGCCGCCCCGAGCGCGAAUCAACACACUCAGCCACCACCGGUACAUCCCCCACCCAUGGCCUCGAUAUCGCCGGUGCAUCCUGUCCCCCCUUCGCAUGGUCCGCCGCCUUCGCACCAUCAGGCGAAUGCGCCGACCUACCAGCCAGCACAGGCUCAACACUUGCAGAUGCACCACUCGUCACCCGCUCCUCAGUCGCCGCUCUAUCCCUACCACAGUAUGCAGCAGCAGCAGCAGCAGCAACAACAACAGCAGCAGCAACAACAGCAACAGCAACAGCAGCAUCACCAGCAACCUUACCAACAGCAGCAACAGCCCCCUCAACAGCAGCAACAGCCCCCUCAACAGCAGCAGCAGCAGCAGCCCCCACCGCCGCCGCCACCGCAACAGCCACAGCAGCAACCACAGUACUCACUUCAUCACCAGCAGCAGCAGCAAUCUGUCAACCCGGCGCCAUACAACGUUAAGUCGGUUGCGCCUCCGGACCUACACAUUCAAGUUCCUCGUCCAGCGCCAGUCUCGCAGCCUCCGCCUCAACAGAUGCAGGUGCCAGUACAAACUUUGCUAGCUCCCGAACCCCCGGCAGAGAUGUCUGUAUCACCCGUCGAGAUCAUGCACAAAAUACCGGAAGCUCCGCCCGCACCCAACCCGGCUGUGAGCGAGCUACAGCGUCAUUGCACGUCGCUGUACCAGUUCGCGUCUCAUUACGCUACCGAAUCUAGCGCCUUCCCAUCCGACGAGGAGUUUGCGCAGAUGAACCAACUGGCCGACCGCGUUGUGCGCUUGCUGAAGGAUAUGCAGCGGCAGUCGCAACCUCAGCCUGCAGCGCCAACGCCCACGUUCCCGGAUCCCAUGGAGGACGUUCAGCCCACCAGCGACUCCGGCCCGUCCACUCAGUCUACCGAGCAGACCCGGCCGCCUAAGCGCCCUUGGGAGGACGCAGUAAUACCUCCACCAACUCCUUCGUUUAGCGAGAGCGUCAGUCAGCCUAUCGCUCUGCCUGAGUCUCAAACGACAGCUGAGUCUGAUAUGGAGCUCAUUCGCAAUAAGCGCGCGGCAGCGACCGGGUCAGGCUCGACCAGUGCCAAAGAGAAGAUCAAAUACCGCAAACGGAGUCGCGCGAACCCGCCGGGCAAAUGUCAUUCCUGUGGCAUUCGGGAGACACCCGAAUGGCGGCGUGGGCCCGAUGGCGCGCGAACGCUGUGCAACGCUUGUGGGUUGCACUACGCCAAACUCGUGCGCAAGCGCGACAAGGCAGCCGCUCAGAACGGGUCGUCUCCUCCUGCUAUCGACAUCGCGACGUUGCGCGCAUCUGCACGGGCGAACGGGGCAAUUGGUAGCGCGCCGCCGUCGCCAGAGGUGGCGCAUAGCCAGCCAUCGUCGCAAACUCAGCAGGAUGACCCUCCAGCACUCGCGCCGCUUCCCCUACCGACUCCAUCCGAGGCAAAACCGUCGACAUCGCAACAGCGGCAACCCCCGCCGCAGCCGAAGCCGACGUUCCCGCCUCCUGUUAUGCCUGCACUUUCUGGCCCUGCAACUGCGCCGGGAGGCUGGGCGCGCUCAUACCCGCCACCUGUACAAGCGCAUGCUUCUGCGCCUAUCCUUGCUCUUCCCCAACGAAAGUAG